UGCUGGUGGGCUGGGAGGCCAGUGCCUGGCUAGGGCCUCGGCCGGGUCGGCAUUCCGCGUUCGAACGCGUCAGGCGCGGGCGGGGCAGCUUCGGCGCCUAGCGUGCGAGGCGAGUCGCCGAGGCCGAAGGGGGAAAGCAUCAAGCCACUAAAAUCCCUAGGAUUGCUUUCAGUGGUCUCUUGAAGAAAGGUGCCAAUUUCUGGAGGUUUCAGGCAAAUCUUGAAAGGUCGGCAACCUCUACCUGUGAACGAGCGUGCACAAGUACAAGAAAGUGGAAGGCUUGCAUCAGCUGAAACAAGAUUGAGAAACUGCUGGGGACUUUUACCUAACCUCAGCUUGACAUAGUAAUUAGCUGGUCCUCUCUUGCUGAAAGACUGAAGAAUCCAUAGAAGUUACUUCUGAACAGUUGCCAGUGUAUGAGUGCCAUCAUUUUCCAAGACCCUAUCUAAAAUACCAUCAGAAAAUUUCCAAUAGGGCAUCUCUGUUUAUCAACACCAUUUGUGAGGCAGGAGUUCCUGAUGUUUCGAAGUGGUGCUUUUGUUCUAGUAUCAAAAGGACAUUGCAAUGGCUGCACUGAGAAACUUAAUACAAACAUCCUGUUAUGGCAAAAUAGUUUCAGCUUGUGGACUUCAGCUAAAAGGAUGUGCCAGUGAGUUUAGCCAUGCAUGGUGCAGAAAUAAAACUUCGGGUUUUGCUGCCACUACUCCUGCUGAAAACACAGUAGAACUUCUUGGCAAGCUUUAUCCUUCAGAUAACUACAGCAAUGUUACAAAGAAGAUUAUUUCCAAGGUGGGGAAAAACUUGCACAACCAAAGAAAUCAUCCUUUAUGGCUGAUCAAAGAACGUGUGAAAGAUCACUUCUACAAGCAGUACAUGGGACGCUUUAGGACCCCUCUCUUUUCAGUGUAUGAUGAUUUGCCUCCGGUAGUCACAGUAGAGCAGAACUUUGACAGAUUGCUCAUUCCACAAGAUCAUCCUAGCAGGAAGAAAGGGGAUAACUACUACCUGAAUUGUACUCACAUGUUAAGAGCACACACAUCAGCUCACCAGUGGGACUUGAUGCACUCAGGACUUGAUGCCUUUCUACUAGUGGGAGAUGUUUACCGUCGUGAUCAAAUUGAUUGCACCCACUACCCUGUUUUCCACCAGAUGGAAGGGGUCCGACUGUUCUCCAGCCAUGAGCUAUUCAGCGAUGUCAGGGGUGGAGAAAGUUUUUCUUUGUUUGAACAAGGGCACCGCACACAACACAAGCAAGCAAUGCACACCAUGGAAGCAGUGAAGCUUGUGGAACACAGUUUGAAACGAGCCUUAACACAACUUGUGGUUCAUCUCUUUGGUAAUGAGCUCGAGAUUAGAUGGGUGGACUGCUACUUUCCAUUUACCCACCCUUCCUUCGAGAUGGAGAUCAACUUCCAAGGAGAAUGGAUGGAGGUCUUGGGUUGUGGGGUCAUGGAGCAGCAGCUGGUUAACUCAGCUGGUGCUGAGAACAGAAUUGGCUGGGCAUUUGGUUUAGGAUUAGAGAGGCUGGCUAUGAUCCUAUAUGGGAUUCCUGACAUCCGCAUUUUCUGGAGUGAAGAUGAGCGUUUCUUGAAACAGUUCCGUGUACCUCACAUUCACCAAAAAGUACUAUUCCAGCCUUUCAGCAAAUAUCCUCCUGUGAUCAACAAUAUCUCAUUUUGGUUGCCCUCUGAAAAAUACUCUCAAAAUGACUUCUAUGAUUUAGUUCGAACCAUUGGAGGAGAUGUGGUGGAAAAUGUCAGCCUCAUAGAUGAAUACACACAUCCAAAGACAAAAAGGGUCAGCCAUUGCUACCGGAUAACUUACCGGCACUUGGAGAGGACCCUGACUCAGAAAGAAGUAAGCAGCAUUCAUCAAUCCAUUGAGGAAUCCACUGUACAAGAACUGGGAGUAGAAGGAAGAUUUUGAACUUGUAGUCUUGGUUCAUUGAUUUUUCUCUCUUGUUUUUCCAACUGUUAAAAGUAAUUUCCAUCUUAUGGAAGCUUCUUGGCAAUGGCGGUACGUUUCAGGUAAUAAAGAUUAAUAAUAUGGCAUUUCCUAUUAUUGUUAAUAAAUAUCUUGUUGGAUAAUUUUAAAUGUUUUUUACAUGUCCCUGGAGACAAUGAGGACAUUCACACAAUCAAAAACUCUGUUCUACUUGGGUUUGGAGCUGUGUGGCUCCCAAUUUUCAGUUGUGUGAAAGCAAGGUAAGAGGAAAGCCUGGGUAGAAGUGACUGUGUGGACACAAGGUAGGGGGGAAAGCAGGUUUUCCUCAUACCUUGCUUCCAUAUAACCAAAAAUUUCGAACACACACAGCUCCCAAACCCGAGUAGGACACAGUUUUUGAUUGUGUGAAUGAGGUCAAUGUGUUUUGUUCUCCACUGGCAGGUUGUUGUUAAGGUAGAGCCUCAGGCCAUUCACAAAUAAGACUUUCAUAGACUUUUUGCUAUAAGUACUUAAGGGAGAACUAGACGUUAUGAGGGAAACACAGGGUUCCCCACUCCCAUUUACCUGUAAUACUAAUGCAGAGAUUAGAAGAGUAUUUGUAGGGAAGACUUGGUAGAUGAGAGAGUGAAUUCUCCCUCACACCCAUUCUCCCCUGCAAAUGCCCCUUCCCUUGGUUUUUGGUUUUGGUUUUGGUUUGUUUUGUUUUGUUUUUGUUUUCUCUGUCUAAGCUCUGAAAAGUCAUCAGGCUGGGGUGGGGGCGGGGAAAGGGAACAGAUCAAGUAAACUAUUUGCAGGGGACUACUGGCAGGCAUAAGCAAGAUUAAGUAUCCCUUCCUACUGCCCUCUGCUCUAACCCCAUGUCUUCAUAUUCCCCUGGCACUUAUCUUGACAAAGGUGGGGGUAGAGCCACAUGUUUGCCUAGACAAUGUCUAGUGUAGUUCUUAUGGCCAAAUUAAACCUACAGGGCAAUCAUGUGUUUGUUAAAUGCAAGCUUACCUCUUUUGCCUACCAUGUUGGGGUGGGGGGCCCUACUCUUUAUUAUUUCAAUAUUCUGUAUUGCCAAUACAAAUCUAUCCAUCUAUCUGUCUAUCAUUACAAUUUCAUAUUGCCUUUAAUUAAAGCAAUUAAAAAUGGUUACAUAACCAAUCAAAACAAUGAAAAUAAGUAUAUCAUCGAUACAUUUCAUAUUCCAGUAAUUUACAAAUAAAACCCUUCAGAUGUAUGUGCCUUCUUUUUUAUUUCAGAUUUUCUAACCAUAAGUUAAUGUUGUAAGUAAUGCAGUAUCUCAAAUACAUUUAAAUCAACCGAUUAAUUAAAGGACAUGAGGAGACUUCCAGAAAAAUGCAAUACAAAUCUUGGAGCUGACAAGAAAGAAAAUAUCAACUCAAUAUUGUCUGUUAACACUACACCUUUCACAUAACCAAACAUAUUAUCCAGAAUAUUCAAUCAGAAUUUAUUAUGGGACACAACCAUAAUAAAUGGGAAAUAUCUGUGACAUUUUGAACACUUAUCUAGACCACUCUUGCAUAUGUAAGACAGUUUAACAGGGAUUACAUACCAGUGAUAUUGUAUUUUUGAGAAACAUUCAUUUCGAAUAACAUUUCUUAAAUACAGUGUCACAUCCCUCCAUAACCAGAACCAUUCCCCUUGAGAUAUAGGUUCACUCAGGUUUUUCUCCAAUUUAAGAUCAUAAUUUGGCCACUUGUUUUCCAAGUUUAAUAACAGUUGUUAUAACUGACCUGUCAAGUCUUUAAAAUUUGUCAUCAACACAUUUUUGGCAUAUUCAUUUGCUGCCUGUAGUCACAGGUUUUUAUAAUAGUGUCAGCAAAAUAUCCUUACUCUGGAAAUACUGGAACUAGCCUGGUCUCUCUCCAUUCAUCUUUUGUACAAUCUCCAAGUAAGCAAAUAUCAUAUUUACCUGACUAGAAGAUGACUCUGAAUUUAAGAUGACCCACUUUAAAAAUACAGUUUAAAUACAGAUUAUACUAUAUUGACCUGAAAGAAAGAGGUCUCUGAAUUUAAGAUGACCCUCCUGAUUUCUAACAUCAAGGAACUUGGAAAAAACCUAGUCUUAGAUUCGGGUAAAUAAAGUAUUAGCAUCUCCCAAUAGUUAGCAUCUCCCAAUAGUUCAGGAGAAGAAAAUACAGCGAUAUAAAAUACAGUUGUUAGAGAAUAAAAUCCUGGACAAAACUUUAUAAUUUUUGCCAAAUAUGCAAGGGUAUUAGUGGGAUUGUUAAUCACAAGAGGAUAUGUGGCAGAGUUGUAUCGAAGAGGAUGAAACUGGAACAGAAUAGUCUAAAUAUGAUAAUCACCACAAUUUGGCAAAGGAAAAGAUAAUGGCAUCAUGUUCUCCUCUAGUUGUGCUGGGAAUAUUGAGCAGGGUGGAGUGGGGGCAAAGAGAAACUCAGCAUGAUGGCCCCUCCCCAUAUGGUAAAUAAUUUCUAAUUAUAGCACACACAAAAAAGAAAUCCUUCACUAUGGGGAGAUGGUUUUCAGUAGCAUCCCUGUGGAAAAGUUGUCAAGCUCUCAGUAAUCUCUAACAAUAUGUCAUCUGUCAUAGGAUUCUGGAGUGAAUGGACCAUUGGCCCAUAUUUAUUUUUUUAACUUAUAGUUUUAAAGCUUUAAAACAAGCUGCCCUAUUUUAGCAUUUUAUUUGUAUUUUUAAAAUUGCUUUAAUUGUGCCAGUGUUUUAAUGGUUUUUAGAUUGUGAACUUCCCAGUGACUUUUUUUGUAUGGGGCGGUAUAGAAAUAAACAAUAAAUAAAUAACUUGCAAUAAGAGAGCCAGCCAUAUUCCUUGCAUCUGUCCUUGUAUAUUCCAUAUUCCUUGCAUUCCAGCCAUAUUCCUUGAUUUUAUCCUUGUAUAAAUUAUGCCUCUCUGUGUAAGUACUAGGAUAGACGUGAUUUAAAACUGCAUCAUACGGGUUUGAUAAAUGAUAAAUAAUUAGCUUCCACGGCUGGAAUGUUUCAUUCUUAAUUAUCAUGAUUAUAUAUUAUUAAUAAAGGUGUUUACUUG